UAAGAGAGACAAACCAGUCCAUCUGGUUAUCGAGAUUCCAUCACAAGUUGCCAAUAGUAAAUGUAAUUCCUUAUCCAAUAAUGUGAGUCAAUCUUUGUGGGAGGAGGAGGAGAUCAUGUCUUAUCUCGUAGUUGCCUUUCAAGGAACCUUUCUUUUCAAGAUAAUCCAUUUUCGAAACAACAAACCACAAGUUUGUAUAUCUUGUCUACAAAAGGAACAUUUGAAUAUUUGUAGAAGAAGGCUUCUACAAAUUUUGACAAGUUUUACUGUAUUACAAACAAUUCCUCGUGGGAUGUCGAGUGCUUCAGAGUUGUCCCAUUUUUAUGCUUUGGAGGCAUUGUAUGAAGGAAAAUGGGUUUCAUUUGAAAAAUUCCGAAAUCAGGUAGUACUCGUUACCAAUGGACUGGUGCAACUGGACCAAAAAUAUCGCAACAAAGGCUUAGCAGUCAUAGCCUUUCCUUGCAAUCAAUUUGGCCAUCAGGAGCCGUUUUCUAAUGAAGAGAUCAGAAAGUUUGCUUUUGAAAAAUACAAUGCAACUUUCCCUAUUUUUGACAAGGUCGAUGUGAAUGGUCCAAAUGCAUCUCCUGUAUACCAAUUUCUAAAGAAAAGUUCUCAUACUGGAGAUAUUGAAUGGAACUAUGUUAAAUUCUUAAUCAAUCUUCAAGGCAAAGUUUCUCGUUUUGCACCAUUUACAGAUCCGCUCGAGUUGGAAAAAACUAUCCGAACCUAUUUGAGCCUAUGAAAAGGCAUUGGAAUUCUCUGUAUGAAAGUC